AAUGGAAGGAUUCUACCCCAUCCAUCACCUCCACCCCUCCCCUCACUCUCCAAACACAAGCGGACAACGGUUCGCUUCCAGCCCAUUCUCUCCCGUGACACCGCGUUGGGAAGAAACUUAAGAUUGUUGAAAGAACGCAGAUUGUAUGCUUUUUGUUCGUAGACCAUACUUUGUUGUUUUUGUUGUUGUUUAAGCAUUGAAAAACUGGAGAUGAAUCAAUCGGGCGGAUGCUGCAACGCGUAAAAGUUGUGGAUGGUCACUUCUUAUGCGUAAACAUCUGAAGGACCAUUUCAUCUCCAAAAGUUGCGGCGCAAAACAAGAGUCCGGGUCCAAUUCUUCCCUGCGCAACAGCAUCGCCCGCAGUCAGGCUGGAAGACCAUCGGAUCCGGAGGACGCAGCGAAUCCGCAGAGCGCAGAUGAUCGCAACUGGUGUUUGUGGUGUCGCGCUGGUGCUGGUGCUGGUGGUUCUGAUCCCGGUGGUGGUGAACAGCGCCGGGAACCCCGCCCGCUACGAGAUGCUCGGGUCCUGUCAAAUGGUGUGCGACUCACACGGGACCGCGGCCACCACCACCGCCACGGCCAAGGCACCCAACCCGGUCAAAGACAACCGCCUGGUUCAGUCGCUUCCGACCUUCAUCCAGGGUCCCAAAGGGGAGCCGGGGCGCGUCGGCAAGAUGGGUCAGAGGGGUCCGGUUGGCGAACCCGGUCCACCUGGACCUGCUGGUCCGCCCGGUGAGAGGGGGGCACCGGGUCCACCCGGAGCCCCCGGAGCAAAUGGGCCCAACGGUGCCAUCAGCGCUGCCACUUACAACACGAUCCCACGGAUCGCGUUUUACGCCGGACUGAAGAAGCAGCACGAGGGCUAUGAAGUGCUGAAAUUCGACGACGUGGUCACAAAUCUGGGCAACCACUAUGACCCCUCUUCAGGAAAAUUCACCUGCUCAAUACCGGGGAUUUACUUCUUUGUUUACCACGUGCUGAUGCGGGGCGGAGAUGGAACCAGCAUGUGGGCCGACCUCUGCAAGAACAACCAGGUGAGAGCCAGCGCCAUCGCCCAGGACGCCGAUCAGAACUACGACUACGCCAGCAACAGCGCGGUGCUGCACCUCGAGCCCGGGGACGAGAUCUACAUCAAGCUGGACGGCGGAAAGGCGCACGGGGGCAACAACAACAAGUACAGCACCUUCUCCGGGUUCAUGCUGUACGCGGACUGAGACGCGGGAGAUCCGCCGCGCGUAAAACAAAAAAGAAAUACAUUAAAAAAAAAAAAAAAACCGCUUCGCUGCUCAUGCUCGAUUCGUAUGUCAGUUGGAUUAUUUGGGGAGGCAGAGCUCACCGUUUCCAUAUUGCAAGGAGAGCUAAAAAGGACCCCACGUGGGAAAAAAAAGAAAGAAAAAGAAACCCUCUACUUUACCAAAACAGACAGCUAACUCCAGAAUAACGAUAGUGAAUGUUAAAAGUGGGAAAUGUAUUCUUGUCCGAUUGAACU